CCCGGUUUCCUAAUCUGAGACCUUUGCCCGCGUCCAGCAGGAGGAUUCUGCACCUGCCUUGCUGAGUGGCUGCUGCUGGCCAACUCCCGGCCCGGCAAUGCCGUUUGUAGAAGUGGACACCAACCUGCCCGCUACCCGCUUGCCCCCGGGGCUGGAAAAGCGACUGAGCUCGGCCGCUGCCUGUAUCCUGGGCAAACCAGAGGACCGCGUCAGCGUGACCGUGAGGCCGGGACUGACCAUCCUGAUGGGCGGCUCCACGGAACCUUAUGUGCACUUGCGGGUCUCCUCCAUCGGCGUGGUGGGCAGCGCCGAGCAGAACUGCGCCCACAGCGCCCGCUUCUUUGAAUUCCUUACCAACGAACUGGCCCUGGGCCAGGAAAGGUGUGUAAAGACCAAGGGGAGGACCCACUGGGGAGGAGACUGCACCCUCAGCCCCCAAUCCUCAACCCCCGCAUUCCUCACCCAACUCAGGAAGGGCAGACUCAUCCCAGUUCCCAGGCCUCUAGUGUUCCUAUGAAUGAAUGAAUGAAUGAAUGAAUGAAUGAAUGAAUGACCAGCUCUGCAGUGGUUCCCCGUGACACCUGUACCAAGUGUGGCUUGUGGAUCUCCAAUGUGCUGGCGUGUGAACCUAGAAGACAACCUGAGCACCAUUUCCCCUGGAGCAUUUCAAGGGUCACAUGGCCUGACAAGUGUCACCUGGCCAAGUAGAGAGAUAUUACUGCCUGAAAAAAAAAAAGCCAGAAUUUCAUGCCUAGGGAGAGCUUUUCCAAGC